AUGAGCCUGUUCACCGACCUGGCGAGUAGCACGUCGGUGCUGCUAUUCGGGCCUCCUGCACCAAUACAAAAGGACAUGGAAACUCCUUCUGCUCCUGCUGCUUUGGAACCGAGUUCGAUCAAAGUGGCGUUACUCAAGCCACAGCUUGGACUGGUGGAGCUCCAACCGCGCGGGAUGUCGGACACCAAGCGCAGCGCAAAGCAAGACGAAUUGCCGCUUCCGCCACCACCAGAGGACCCGACAUCGAUCUUGAUCAACGUGGGUGUAUCCGCAUUCAAUCUAUUGGGCAGUGCGGUUGCUGGAGUUGGAAGUGCUGCUGUGUCUGCACUGACAUUCGCCACGGAGCCGUCGAAUUCUUCUACCGAACCCGCGGUGCAGGAAGCCUCGGAGACGGCGCGGGAAGGCACGUUUCUGAGAACGCUUUCGACUGCGCUGCUUGCACGAGCGGUAUCUGCACGAGAUGCAGCAGUCGCUUCGGCCACCAGUUCUGCAUCUUCGUUUGCGAGCACCGCCGCACACGCGAUUUCAGACGCAGCCACUGCAAGUAUCGACUAUGCUACAGGCACAACUCUACACCAUCCCCGCUCUCCCAAUCCCAUCCACGAUGCAUCCAACUCGUCUACCGUCAAGAGAUCUUGCACAAUGCCAGUUCAGCUCAGUGCUACCGGAGAACCUUUCUCAUCCGACCCGAGCAUUUCAGCUAUGCAAAGAAUCCCUGACCAUCCAUGCGGCCAUCACACGCUCGAUGCACAGCGCAAACGUUUGGUUCACUGCUGUUCCGCCCCCGACGUGCUAGCCUCCAGAGACGAGCAGGUGUGCAGCUGCAAGUGCACCGCUAUAGAUGGUCAAGCCAACGAGGUGGGUAAAGACGGAUGCGAUUGUAGCUGCCACAGUAUCACAAAGCGGCAGUCGGGUCAUUUUCAUAGAGUCGAACAGCUGGUCAAGGGGACUAAAAGGGUGGUGAGGGAUAUCAAGAAUGUCAUAUGA